GGAAUUUCUAUCAGAUCUCGACGUUUUGAGGUUCUAGGAAGCUAUUCUGUCUAAUUUCAAGAUGAUUUCCAAGUGUAUCUAUGUGUGUUUGUACGUACGUACGUAGUAUGUAAAUAUCUGUAACUUCUGAACGGAUAAACCGAUUUUGAUCGUCAAGGUGUCAUUCGACGCUGCUUGUUAAUAUCUAAAAGCUGUAAUAAAUUUAGCUUGAUAAGUAGGGUGCGUUUGAAGAUAUUUCAAAAAUAAAAUUUUUUCAAAAUUGUUUUUUUUGGAUAACUUGUAAUGUGCUCGAUGGAUUGAUUCCAGAAUCUAAUCAGUUCUAGAACUCAAUAAAACGCGUCGAUUGCCACCUUAACCGUCUUAAUCGGUCAAUUCGUUUGAGAGAUAUCGUUGGAGGAAAAAUGAUAAAAAACGUUUUUUUUUCGAAAACAACGGCAGACAAAAGUAUUUUUGAGCUCACGGAGCUCGAAAGCAGCGGGAAGUUUUAGGGCUGGCCCGCAGGGUCAACCGAUAGACCGAUUUUUUUUAAAUCGUUGAUUUUCAUAGCGGGAAGUUAAAAAAAACAGCUGGAUACUUAUUUCAGAUGAAUAAUAAAUCUAUGGUAGUAAAACUAAGUAUAGUGAUGAGGUGUGUCAUUUUUAUUCUAUUCAAUACUCGAUUAAUAUCACGAUUUUAAUGCGAUAUUAACGCGUAGGCUAAAGCCCGAAAAAAUUUUUGUCGGUUCUCGGACUCAGAGCACCCUAUAGUCAGCGCUUGCAUGUUUGUGAAUAUUCAAUCUAAUGACUUAAUUAAUAAUAACAACCAUAAUUAGCUUAUUGAUUUGGUAAUUUUCUAUUUUUUACAAUUAGAGAGAUUUGUUUAAAAGCUGCGGAACGGAAUUGGGAACAGUUGGAUAUUGGGCAAAUGGUGAAAAUUUCCAAUUGCCAAAUGAAAUUAGUGAUAUUGUUGUGACUAAUGAAUACGAAAUAACAAAUGAAAUUAUAGCGUAUCAAGAAAUAAGAACUUUUGUAAUAAUUGUCGAUAACCUUACCGUUUUUCCUGUCUUGUAUUCAUUUAACCAGAAGCUGGUAUUAAAAAUCAAAACAAUGUUUAUAUUUAGUAAGAAUAAGGCUUUGGACAUAUUAGAAGUAAUAAAUAUAUUAAAAGAAUUUCAACAAAAUUUUGAAAAUUGUCAAGUAUAUAUAUGUUCAAUGUCAGAAUAUGUAGAAAAUAUAAUUGAUAUAAUAACAUUUAAUUCUUUUGCUGAUUAUGCACCACCAUUUUGGUAUAAAGUCGAUGAUCUUCAUUUUUAUGAUUAUCACGGUCACUGGAGAAUUUUUGUAGGUCACUAUUCCCAGGAAAUUGGGUUUAAUUUAAACGGUUUAAAUAUAUGUGAUAAUAUAAUAUUUGAUCGUACAAAAUAUCUAAAUGGCUACGCAAUAAAAGUACUACGAGCAUCAAACAACCGAAACGACUCAAAUGGCCCUGUUGAUGAAUAUAUAACUAGAAACACUAAUGAUCAAUAUUUAUAUGAAACAUUGGGCCUAUACAUGGGAACGGUCGGAUUGUGGUUAAUGGAAUUUCUGAACAUAACGCUGAACAUAACUUAUGUUUAUGUUCACAACAGUAAUGGAAAAUAUUUCAUAAACAGUCCUUUGCUUUAUCAUUCAGUAGAUCUGGUACUAUAUCCCAUCUUGUAUAGUGCGUACAAUAAAACGAUGAUUAUAAGCAAUUAUUAUUAUUUGUCAUAUCCAAUAGUAUUUAAUGAUGAUAUUAUAGUGACCCACAAUCGCGGACUAAUGACACCAUUGGAAAAAAUGUUUGAUUUCUACGGCUGGUUAACCAUCAUUGCUACAACAAUUAUUCUGCUAAUGGUUUUUAUUGUUAUUUAUUUAUCGAACCGAACAAAAAAAAAUUCAAGAUUAUCGUUUGCUAUCUUCGAGUGCCUGAGACUGCUGAUAAAUAAUUCGAUUUACACCCGAAUGGACACGGCAAAGAUGCGAAUAUUUUUUUUUGUAAUAUUUUUAUAUUUUUUGAUAAUGCAGGCGACAUUUUCUGGUCAUCUGGCAGUAUUUUUGACAAAACCCGAGUACAGAAAAAAUGUCGAGACUCUAGAUGAUCUAAAAGACCCGCGUUAUACAGUAAUUUAUGCUAGGGAAGGAUGUAGAGAGUAUAUUACAGAUCCAUUAUUGCUGAAUAAAGUAAUAUUUGAUAAUUUGGGUUGUAAAAAAAACAUUCACACCAGUGAAUCUAUUGCUUGUAUUGGGUUCAAAAAAAGUUUUGAUGUCCUAAUUGCUAAAUACAAAUUACACUUUUCUGCGAAUAGCUUACAAUUUAGUUUCGCAUCACUGACAAUGCGUAAUAAUUGGCCAUUGAAUGAUCGCGUUAAUAAUUUUGCCAUGCGUUUACACGAAUCACAAAGUUACGAUAAAUGGUGGAAACUAGUACAUGAAUUACUAGUUGCCGAGUAUAUUGAAAAAAAAGAUAUAUCAACACAUAAUUACUACCGGCCGAUAGAAUUUGAAGAUGUCACCUUUGCAUUUAUUUUACUGGCAAUCGGUUUGAUCUUUUCAUUAGUAAGUUUCGUUCUCGAAAUGAUUAGCGAAAUUAUUAAAAGUACUUAUAAAAAAUUAUGGAGAGCAAUUGUAAUUAAUAUACGCAUUGAAAUCUUUCAAUUCCGACAAUUAUUUGAGUACUUGGACCUAAAUUUUAUAUAAAUCGUAAAAAUCAUUCGGUUAAUUUUUUGUGGAUUUAUUCAACUAUUUGAUGUAUUUAGUCAAUAAAAUAUAUU